AUGACUACCCUGCUUUCGACGUUAUCUGCGAAUCUGGUUCUCAUCUGCGUCGUUUUGCUCUGUCUGGCCCUCCUCCGCUUUUGGGCACGAGCGAAAGACCGACACCUUCCUCCUGGCCCAAAUCGACUUCCUAUAAUCGGCAAUGCCCUUCAAGUACCAUUCGAGCACCAGGAGCUUACUUUCGCCGAAUGGGGGAACAGAUUCGGGGAUGUCGUCUAUGCACGUUUGUUUCAGAAGCACGUCAUUGUCCUCAACUCCGUGCACGCUGCUCGUGAGCUGUUGGAGAAGCGUGGUGCGAUAUAUUCGGAUAGGCCCCGCUUCGUAAUGUAUGCCGAACUAGCCAAGGCCUACCAGCCGAAUAUCGUCCUCAUGAACUACGGCGAUGCUUGGCGUGAACAGCGGAAGUGGUACCAGGCGACUCUUUCGACCAGGGCUGCAUUAAACAGCUUCCAGCCAGUUCAGCGGCGAGAGAUGGCGCGAUUCCUCUCGGAAUUGCUUCGAACGCCGAAGGACUUCGCGUUGCACAUCAAGAGAUAUACUGCCGGCAUCUUGUUUGAGGUCAGCUACGGACAUACCGUAACGUCCAAUGACGACGAUUUCGUGGUCAAGGCAGACGAAGUCAUGACAGAACUCGCUGAAUCUGGUGGAGCCGGCUCGACUUUGGUCGAUUUUGCUCCCAUAUUGCAAUAUAUCCCAGCUUGGAUGCCAGGCGCAGGAUUCAAACGCAAAGCUUUGGAGCUCAGGCGGUCGACAUUUGAGUCCAUGAACGUCCCGUUCAUGAGAGUCAAAGACGAGAUGGCAUGUGGUUCCGCGAAACCAUCGUAUGUGAGUAAGCUGCUCGAGGAAAUAUCCAACAGUCCUACCCGUGCCGAGGACGAGAUUGGUAUUAGGGCAGGCGCAGCCGUUAUGUAUCAAGCUGGUAACGAUACCACCGCUACCACGAUCACGUCGUUUUUCUUAGCCAUGACUUUAUUCCCCGAUGUCUACCGGAAGGCUCAGGAGGAAAUGGACACAAUCAUCGGUCGUUCACAGCUCCCAACUCAUAGUGACAGACCGUCGCUGCCCUACCUAGAGUGUGUAUUGAAAGAGACGUUCCGCUGGGCAGCUCCCGCUCCUCUUGGGCUGCCUCAUCAAGUCUCUGCUGACGAUGAAUAUCGCGGAUAUUACAUCCCUGGGGGAUCUAUGAUCAUAGCGAACAUUUGGGCUAUGACGCGAGACCCGGGGAUGUUUCCUUCGCCAGAGGUCUUCGACCCAGAACGCUUUCGCGAGACUGCCGAGAAUAAGGAAGGCGCGCUCGAUCCUUACACAUUUAUCUUUGGGUUUGGACGGAGGAUCUGCCCUGGUCGUAUGCUCGCCGACUCGAGCAUCUGGCUAAUUGCAGCGAAUCUAGUAGCGACGAUGGACAUCGGAAGGGAACGCAACGAGGCUGGACAGGAAAUCAUCCCUGUCCCAGAGUACAUAUAUGGGAGCAUAAGGCACCCGAAGCCGUUCCUCUGUAGUAUCAAACCUCGACACAGCAAGGUACCUCAGCUGAUCUCCCAAGUCCACAGUGAUAACAAGUAA